AUGUUUAUUUCGGGAAAAGGUACGUUUCCCUCUCUCUAUUCUUCUCUUCUCUUUAUCUCUCUCUCUCUCUCUUUCUUUCAGUUUCCCCUUCUCUCUUUCUUUCUUUUCCUCUUUCUACCUCAGAAUCUCUCUUUUUUUCUUAACACCUUUUCUUUCCUUUUCUGUCUAAUCUCCUCUUUUCCUUUUCCUUCCCUCUUCCUCUUUCUUCUUCUCUUUCUGUUUUCUUAUCUCCCCCCUCCUCCACUUUUUCUUUUUGUUUCUCAUCUUCCUCCCCUUCUUUUUCUCCAACCUCUCCUCUUCUCACCGUUCGUCUUUCUUCUUCUCCAUCCCCUGAUCCUUCAUGCUUCUUUCUUCUUCUUCUCCUCCUCCUUCUUUUUCUUCUUCUUCUUCUUCUUUUUCUCCUCCUCCUCCUCCUUCUUCUUCUUCAUACUUUACAUCACCUCAUCCUUUUUUUUUCUCUUUUUCCUACUGUUUCUCUAUUCCUCUUUUUCUUUCAUUCUUCAUCAUCAUCAUCAUCAUUAUCAUCAUUUCAUUGCCUCCCCCACCUCUUCCCCUCCCCUUUUCUCCUUCUCCCUUCUCACUUGCACUUCUUCUUUUUUCUCCUAUUACCUUUCCUCCUCAUCCUCCUCCUCCUCAUCAUCAUCAUCAACAUCAUCAUCUUUCUUUUUCUCUCUCUCCAUAUGCUUUCCCUCUCCCUCCUUUUCUGUCUUCUGUUACUUCUUCUUCUCUCCCUCUUCCUUCGCCUCUUGCCCUCUCCUUUUCCCCCUCUCCCUGCAUUUCCUUUCCCUCCUCAUUGUCUUCUUUCUCCUCUUCUUUUUCUCCUCCCUUCCCUCCUGCUUUUCCUCCUCCUUAUCCCUUUCUUUCUUUCUUUCUUUCUUUCUUUCUUUCUUUCUUUCUUUCUUUCUUUCUUCUCCUUUUUCUUCACAUCCCGCUUCUUCUUGCUCCUUUUUUUUUCCUCUUCACAUUAUUUCCCUUAAUUUUUCUUUUUAG